AUUUUGACUCACGAAGCCCACCUUGGAAUUUGAACGGCGAAUAUCGAAUCGACCUUACCUACCCAAGACAACAACAAGGUUCCAUAACGAAUACGACGAGACCACACACCUGAUCGCGUCGAUAUUAUCAAUAGAGGGAUUUUCAUAGGGUUGCAAUCAUGGCGGGCGAGGAUACUAUCGCAGAGCGCAAACCGCGCAAGUCUGUCGCGUUCAGCGAGGGAGCAACUAUCGUGGAUGAGAAUGGAGAGGUCUCCACCGAGGGAGCCGACGGAUCGAAGGACACAGCAAUGUCGCACUCGAGCCCUGACGGAGAGGAGCCAAAAGAGGAUGACGACGAUGUCGCCAACAUGCUCAAGGGCAUGAAGAAGAAGAAGGCCAAGAAGCCUAAGGCUGAUGACGAAGCCGGCGAGGCUGAUGCAGCUGCUGACGGUGGCCUCGACCUCACACUGAUGAAGAAGAAGAAGAAGAAGAAGGUGCCAAAAGAGGGAGAGGAUGACUUUGCCGCCAAGCUCGCUGCUCUGGACAUGGACAAGGAGGAGGGAGAUGAGGAGGUCGCCGCCAAGCCCGAGAAGGUUGAGGAUUCCGGCGAUAUGGAGAAGGGAACCGGUAUCUGGGCGCACAACGACAUCAAGCCGAUCGGAUACGAGCUACUCCUUACCCGUUUCUUUAGCCUGCUGGCCCAAAAGAACCCAGAUCACGCAAGCAGCGGCUCGAGAUCGUACAAGAUCCCCCCACCACAGUGUCUCCGUGAAGGAAACAAGAAGACCAUUUUCGCCAACCUGAACGAGAUCUGCAAGAGGAUGAAGAGGACCGACGAGCACGUUACAUCAUACCUGUUCGCUGAGUUGGGUACGAGCGGUUCCGUGGACGGAAGCAGGAGAUUGGUUAUCAAGGGUCGCUUCCAGCAGAAGCAGAUCGAGAACGUCUUGAGGAGAUAUAUCAUGGAAUACGUCACUUGCAAAACUUGCAGAUCCCCGGAUACGGAGCUCAACAAGGGAGAGAACAGACUGUACUUCAUCACCUGCAACUCCUGCGGAUCGCGUCGUUCGGUCACGGCUAUCAAGACUGGUUUCUCCGCACAAGUCGGAAAGCGCAAGAGACAACAGGGUUAGAGUGUGCCUUGGGGUAUUUCCUCGGCUUCUUGUUUGGUGUUCUUGGCUUUUUAUGGGCGGAGAGGAAUCAAGAUCAAGGAUGCUUUCAUGUAGGGUACGGAUGACAAGGGAAGGGAAACUAAAAUAUGAUGCUCAUGAUGCAUGGAUAGGUUAUAUAUGUUCUGGCAGAGAGAAUGAUGCGAUGCGAUGCGAUGCGAUGACGAGAAAGUGACUUUUUCGCAAACUUGCUUGAGCCUUUUAGAGACAGACAGCUCGUAGUGGUAUAGAUACAAAAAUUGCAAGAUCAUGAAAACA